AUGAGAAUAUCAAUAGUGUAUUAUAAAUAAUUAAAUUAGAGAUCCAUACACAAGUGAAGAAAAUUCGAAACUCUUUAUAAAUUACAUGCUUGAAGUUCAUUCUUAUAAUUCAACUCUUGAAAGUUUUAAAACAUGUUACUCAACAAGCAUUUUAUUGGAUAAUUAGUAUUUAGAAAAUUAAAGUUUAAAUGUAAAAUUGAACUUAGGUUAAAGGUUUAUGGAAUAUCGUAUAAAAGGUAUAUUGAUUGGAUGUGGAGUAAUAUUAUUAACAAGAAAUCAAUUAAUAUCAGAAUAUUUAUUUUAUGAUCCUAUUUUAAAAUCUCAUAGUUUUGGUAUUGUUGCUGCUUUUGUAGAAAUAGAAUAUGUAAGAAAACUGUAAAAGUAUUUUCCAGAUUUUAAAUAUUCAUCUUUGAGUUAUGUAAUAGCUACAUGUAAGGCAAUGAAUUACAAAUUAUAAUUUAGUGGUUUAGAGAUUUAAUGUCCUGAUUCAUAUGUUUGGUUAUAAUAUAAUAAGGAGAUAAAGAAAUUAAUGUAAUGUAAUUGUUCAAGGUUAAAUAAGGAGAGGAUAAAUAAAAUUAAUAAUAAAUAAGAUUUUUCAUUACUUUAGAUAUUUAUAUAAAAUGAAUUGCAUUAUUUAUCAUAAUUAGAUCCUUAGACUUAAAUUAAAAUAACAUAGAUUUUAGAAUAGAAUAAGGAUGUACUUGGUGAAGAUUUACUCUAUGGAUUGACAUUCUGUAUUUGAAUAAUAAUUUGGAGGAGAAAUCAUUUUAAAUAUUUUACUAAAUAAUUAAAUUAUAAAUCAAUUUCAGUNUACACAAAUCAUAAUUUAAUAUUAUUUGAUUAAAAUAUAUAAGCUUUUAAAUCAAUUUAGAUGGUCUAAUAGUAAUUUAAUUAAAUGAUAGGUGCUAAAUUAAAUGAUAAAGUUAUAUUAAAUAAUUAUAAAAUCUUGUAAAAUAAGAAUGGUUAUUUUAAUAUUUUAUAAAUUAGAAGUGAAUAAAGAAUAAAAAAAAGUAAUGAGAAAUAGAAUAUUAAUAAAGAAAUAAUAAAAAAAUAAGUUAAAUAAUCUAAAUAGGAAUGGAAAGAAAUUCCAUAAUUAAAAGAUAUUAAUAUAAUAGAUGAUAAGACAUUUACUGUUAAUGAUUUUAGGAUAGGUGAAAUGAGAAUAUCAAUAGUGUAUUAUAAAUAAUUAAAUUAGAGAUCCAUACACAAGUGAAGAAAAUUCGAAACUCUUUAUAAAUUACAUGCUUGAAGUUCAUUCUUAUAAUUCAACUCUUGAAAGUUUUAAAACAUGUUACUCAACAAGCAUUUUAUUGGAUAAUUAGUAUUUAGAAAAUUAAAGUUUAAAUGUAAAAUUGAACUUAGGUUAAAGGUUUAUGGAAUAUCGUAUAAAAGGUAUAUUGAUUGGAUGUGGAGUAAUAUUAUUAACAAGAAAUCAAUUAAUAUCAGAAUAUUUAUUUUAUGAUCCUAUUUUAAAAUCUCAUAGUUUUGGUAUUGUUGCUGCUUUUGUAGAAAUAGAAUAUGUAAGAAAACUGUAAAAGUAUUUUCCAGAUUUUAAAUAUUCAUCUUUGAGUUAUGUAAUAGCUACAUGUAAGGCAAUGAAUUACAAAUUAUAAUUUAGUGGUUUAGAGAUUUAAUGUCCUGAUUCAUAUGUUUGGUUAUAAUAUAAUAAGGAGAUAAAGAAAUUAAUGUAAUGUAAUUGUUCAAGGUUAAAUAAGGAGAGGAUAAAUAAAAUUAAUAAUAAAUAAGAUUUUUCAUUACUUUAGAUAUUUAUAUAAAAUGAAUUGCAUUAUUUAUCAUAAUUAGAUCCUUAGACUUAAAUUAAAAUAACAUAGAUUUUAGAAUAGAAUAAGGAUGUACUUGGUGAAGAUUUACUCUAUGGAUUGACAUUCUGUAUUUGA